GGUGAUAGUUGCGGUACUUGUUUCAUCAAAAGUUGUUUGUCAUUUCUGCAACAGAGAAUUUUGUUAGUUUACCGACUUUAAUCCUUGCUAAAUUGUAUAAAAAAAUGUUCCUCACCAGAUCCGAAUACGACCGUGGCGUCAACACCUUUUCGCCGGAAGGACGUCUCUUCCAAGUUGAGUACGCCAUUGAAGCUAUUAAGCUCGGAUCCACGGCUAUUGGGAUUUGCACUCAGGAGGGUGUUGUAAUGGCAGUGGAAAAGCGAAUCACCUCGCCGCUGAUGGAACCGACCAAAGUGGAAAAAAUCGUCGAAGUCGAUAAGCAUGUUGGCUGUGCCACUUCUGGUUUGAUGGCCGAUUCGCGUACUCUGUUGGACAGGGCAAGGGUUGAGUGCCAAAAUCAUUGGUUCGUUUACAACGAGCGGAUGUCGGUUGAGUCGUGCGCACAGGCUGUGUCCAGUUUAGCGAUCCAGUUUGGUGACAGCGACGAUACCGGUUCGGCCAUGAGCCGGCCGUUCGGAGUGGCGAUCCUGUUCGCUGGCAUAGAAAGCGGUGAACCCCAGCUAUGGCACAUGGAUCCUUCAGGGACGUACAUUCGGUACGAUGCCAAGGCUAUCGGAUCUGGUAGCGAAGGAGCGCAGCAGAAUCUACAGGAAUACUACCUCCAAACGAUGACCAUCAAGGAAGCCAUCAAUUUAGCUCUCAGCACCCUGAAGCAGGUGAUGGAAGAAAAACUCAAUUCCACCAACGUAGAAGUAAUGACGAUGACACCCGGCGAGCUGUUCCGGAUGUUCGUGAAGGAGGAAGUCGAGGAGUACAUCAACAAUAUGAGCUAAUUGCAUUAAAAACAUAAUAUUGAUAAUGAUUAUUUCUUUGCUGCGGAUAAAAUUUGGAAAUGUUAAUUUACGGAAUGAUGAACUGCACUGAUGGAAGAUUAUAAAUAAUCCGUUUCUAUCUGAGUAAUCAGAUUCAGUA